UGCUCCUGGACCUCCUGGACCCAAAUGUAUUGUGAGGUUAAUCGAAAACAACUAAUCAACAGCUGCGUGCCUCCAGCCGGCUGCUUAAAUGAACUAUAUACUACUACGAUUUACUUCAUAUUGUUAGACUCUUGUUUUAGGAAGGAACGAUAUAUUGUGGAGAAGACGCUUCGCUGACCACAUCGGUCCGCAUCGCAGAUCACUCUGUUCGUAAAUUCCGAAGUGUGGAACAUCACGUGACAGGAUGAGCAGACAACGAGUUUUGGUGACGAGCAACGAAGUACCGCAGGCGGGCAUUGACCUUCUAAAAACCAAAUUUGAUUUGACAAUUCUACCAAGCCCAGUUAGUACACGCGAACAAGUACUUCAAGCACUUCCGGGCCACGACGCUAUUUAUCUCGCCAGCCAUCAUGUCGUGAACAAAGAAUUACUGGAUGUUGCAGGACCAAGGUUGAAAGUGGUGUCAACAGCAUCUGCUGGAUACGAUCAUUUGGACGUGCCUGAAAUAAAACGGCGGGGUUUAAAAGUAGGUAACACUCCCCAUGUUCUAACUGCUGCUGUUGCUGAGGUCGCUGUAAUGUUGACGUUGAGCGCGGCCAGGCGAGCUUACGAGGGCCGUAUCAAAAUCAUCGAAAACAAGUGGGAGUCACGGCCGCAAUGGAUGUUGGGCCGUGAUUUACGCGGUUCAACUGUAGGUAUAGUAGGCUUGGGUAACAUUGGACAAGCAAUUGUGAAGCGACUGAAGCCAUUCGAAGUGGGCCGAUUCAUUUAUUCUGGCCACUCGAGAAAACAAGCCGGUGACGAUCUUGGAGCUACGUUUGUAUCGUUUGCUGAUCUCCUCAAGGAAAGUGAUUUCGUGAUAGUUGCCACGCCGUUGAACAAUGAAACUACGAAUAUGUUCAAUGACAACACUUUUGCCCAGAUGAAAAAUACGGCGAUACUGGUGAACGUAGGACGCGGACCUGUCGUCAAUACAGAUGCCCUCGUCAAAGCACUUCGAAAUCAUACAAUUUUUGCUGCUGGAUUGGAUGUUAUGAAUCCAGAGCCACUCCCCAGUGACCAUCCACUUUUAAGCCUGCCGAACGCAGUUAUAAUCCCGCAUUUGGGCAGUGCAACGGUGAAAACCCGCUCAGACAUGGCUACAACAGCGGCGCAGAACGUGAUCAACGGCUUGGAAGGAAAACCACUCGUCUAUGAAUUAUAGUGGCAAACAGGCUUUCAAUAAAGUUUGCACCAACUGUGUAACCUGUUGCCUGAUAUAUGUAUCAAAUAUUUUCAAAGCAACUGAAAUUUUACGGGGCUUUAAUUUUUUAUAUAUGUCUUCAAGAUUCGUAUUUCCACUUUACGUCAUAUUCAAGAAUAUAUACCUAGCAAUUAUUAUGUUUUAUAGUAUGUUUCAUAUGAAGGUGUCAAGUCUGGGAAUUUUUUUACCCAGGAUAUAAGCACAUUGACAUUCCAGUAACUUGUUUGUAGGUGUGUUAUAUCUCACGUUAAUUCAUACAGAUGUGACUCCGUGAUCAGUGUCUAUUUUUAUUUUAUGAAUGCGAAGUUAUUUAGGAAUACGAAAAUAUAAAGUGUGCGUAUGACACGUGUUCACGAAAUAAUCAAUUCAAUUCUCCAAUAAUACAUAUACAGUAUAUAUCAUUUUUUGUUUUGUAUGUAUAUUACAUAAUUAUAUAAGAUUUAUAGAAUUAAUUUACAACGAUUUAAAUCAUAAUAUUUAGCCUUUGUUUUGCUAAAAUUUGGUACAAUGUAUUUUACACAUUCAAUUACACAGUCGUCGUGACGUUUUAAUUCAACGAUUUCUUCAAUUAGUUUAUUAGUGCAUCACAGGUGUCCAUCAGGCUUCGGCAACAACGUUUUUAAGAUUUUGUAAAAUUGGAUCAAUUUUACUCUCUAGUGACAAGAUGUGCCCGGUAUCACAAAUGUUGUUUGCAAUAAAGCUUACGACCAA